AUGUCUGGGAUGUUGGUGGACAGGACAAAAUCCGCCCUCUUUGGCGACAUUAUUUUUCUGGGUCUCAUUUUCGUUAUUGACUCGAACGAUCGCGCCCGCAUCGACGAAGCACGCCAAGAGCUCCAUCGGAUCAUCCUGGAUCGGGAGAUGAAGGAGGCUUUGCUGCUAGUUUUCGCAAAUAAGCAAGAUAUUCCCGGAGCUAUGACCCCCCAGGAAGUCACUGACAAGCUCCAAUUGACCCAACUCAAGGACAAAGUGUGGUUUGUUGUCCCGAGUUGUGCAACCACAGGCGAGGGAUUGUUUGAGGGCCUGGGCUGGCUCUCCAACAAUGUCAAGUCGCAACCGCAAAAGCAAAUCAAAUAA